AUGACUUCACCGACUGACGCCUCGGGCAGAACUCCCCUCGAUCCUUCUCAUCAAUCCUCCUUUGCUGCUGAAACUACGAAACUACAUUCGACACUCCCACCUCAAUCACAAUUUUCACACUCGCAUAUCCCUCAUGAUCAAUCUGGAAAUCCAAUUGCCCCUUUAAUUCAGACUUUACACUCGGAUCUUUAUGUUUUUCUUGAGCCUGGCCACGAGUCGAAGUUAUCAAAGAUUACGAAGCUUCUCAUAUAUCGUGUUCUUCUCCAUUUCAACAAGGCCUCAAAAUCUAGAUUGACCCAAAACAAGGGGGUCUUGUAUGAUACUUUCAAAAAGGACCUAUUACCUCAUCUCAUACCGUUUCAACUGCCUUCGCCCCCUACCGCACCAACCCUAGGAUCCGAGAUUCCAGACUUCAAUCCACUAGGCCGAAAGACAACACGAAAGAUGUUACGUGAGGCAAUCCUCAGAAGUGCCCCUGACACCGAAAUACCGUCUGGUGCUAGAACCGAUGGGUUGCAACUGCUGUAUCAGGCUCAUGUCGACAAAGAUCUUGUUAUCCCUGGGCAAACUGACAAAAUCCGCCCGCCACGUGUCGUUAGAUCUCAUGAGGUUGAGAGCCAAGACAUGGAAGAGUUACGAUUUGCACUGCAAGUCCACGCACCUACCGUCUUUGUGCACUCAAUUCCGAUGUCGCACACAGUUCUUGUCAACCUUUACCGCAUGUUCAUCCUUGAGGAGAACAUUCCGUAUGGAAAACUUGUAUUGGCUGCACAUGUUUCAUUGUAUACUGGUUACUUCAAGUGCUCAUCAUGUGGCGUGUUCAAACUUCAUAGUGGAAUUGAAGUCUCGCGGGAAACACGAGAUGCUCAUGCCCUCUUGGACCGUCGCAACCUGGCUCAAUCUCAGCUAAACACCCCUACUCAUGUUUCCUCUCGUAACACAUCCUCACUGAAUCAACGACAAGCUGUGGCUCACGAUGAAGAGUUGAGCACACGGGUGGCACAGUUGAAUAUUGCAAAUUCGCCACCUCCUAUAUCCACGUUCGAACAUCCGCUAGUUUCUCAAUAUCCUCGAUCCGGCAGUAGAUCCCAGGGAGCUAUUCCAGCGCAGCCUCCAACGAGCACACGGCAACCUUCGAGCCACGAAUACAGAGCUGGUGAUACUGGAGUUGUGGACCCUUGCCAUAACUCUUCUCCAGGUUCGCCGCACCACAAUCGCUCGAUAGCAACUGAAAAGACCUGCUCAGCCGCUAUUGCCAUGCGAAAUUCUGGAGUUCAGGAAUACGACUGUGGUCAGUAUUCUGCUGUCUAG